UAGAACAUCUCUUGUACCCAUUUGUUCUUAAACUAACAUAUUCAAAACUUGCCAAUAUUUCAAUUAUAAUAAUUGUUGUUCUUUUCACCAAUUCAACCCAAAGGUAUCUGAUUCUUUAACCUCUCUCAGAUUCAAAAUCUUUCUUCAAAUAUAUUCUAGACAUGCUUCGGUGGUUACAGAUGUUUCGAAUCUGCAGUGUUCAGCCAUGUCAUAUGCAGAGAAAUCAAGGAGCUGGUUUUCGAUAUUUACAUACAGCGAAAAUGGAUUUAAGAGAAAACCAAAUUGUGGAAAACCAGCAUCAUCCAGUUAUGUACCAAAACGUCGUCGUAAUGAGGCACAGCGAACGCAUCGAUAACGUCGAGCCAUUAUGGAUAUCCACAGCCACGCGACCGUGGGAUCCGCCACUGACUCAACCGGGUCGAGUUCUAGCAUUCAAAACGGGUCAAGGUAUCCGAAAGAACCUCGGAUUCCCGAUUCAUCAACUGUUUGUCUCCCCUUUUCUACGUUGCGUCCAAACUGCUGCAGAAAUUGUCAUCGCUCUCUCCGCCGUUGACGAUGCCGGUGGAAGUGUCAGCCGUGACGACAUUUCUUCUGAUCCUUCAAAAGUCAAGGUAUCUAUUGAGAAUGGAUUAUGUGAAAUGCUAAACACAAUAGCUAUUCGGAUCAACGUUGCUCCAAAAGAUGGGAAUUUCAGUUUUGAUAUUCCACAGCUUGAAACCAUGUUCCCAAAUGGAACUGUGGAUACUAAUCAUGUAGUUAUGGUGCAUAAAGAGCUACCUAAAUGGGAAGAAUCAGUUUCGGAAGCAAAUGUUAGAUAUCAAGAAACAAUUACAAAUCUUGCAGAUAAAUAUCCUACUGAAAACUUGUUGCUUGUUACACAUGGGGAAGGGACUCAAGUGGCUCUUUCUUCAUACACAAAAGAUGUUGUGGAACAUAAAGUGAAAUAUUGUGGCUAUGUACAACUUAGACGUCCUAUAUUUAAAAGUGAUGAUUCUUUUAUUGGUGGAAAGUUCAAUUUACUAACUCAUAUUGGUCAAAAUGGGGUAAACUAUAUUUCUUCACAAGAACUCUGAGUAAGGAUAUAAACUAAACUUCAAAACUCUUCAUGAUGUUGGACUAGAAAUGCUUUUGAGGUAGUUUUUAUAUUUCAAUUUGUUUGUUCCAUCCAGUUGAUUACGAUGAUGUUGUGAUUUGUACUCUAUUAGUUAAGAUUCUUUUCUCAUUGGAUAAUAAAAAGUUAGCAAAGAUGUAGGAGUUGAACUAGGGUAAACAUACUUACCGUACUUACCGCUGUUGGACAUUAAAUAUUUUUAUAGAGAUUUGUUAUGAUUA